UCAUAUGUGGCUUCUUGAAAUAAAGUGUAAACAUAAAUGUUUGUUUCAGCUCUUCUCUGUGAUCAUAUUUGGAUGUAUAUCAUCUCAGGGUUGGAAACUUGAUGCUGGAAAGAAAAGACAUCUUUGCCUCUACAACGAAGACGCAAAUGCAUGUAAUUACGGCGUUGGAAUAAGUGUUAUAGCAUUUUUGGCCAGUAUGGGACUGCUUGUUGGGGAAUAUCUUUUUGAACAGAUGUCGUCAGUCAAAACAAGGAAGCACUUUGUGUUAGGCGAUUUGGGAUUCUCUGCAUUCUGGGCAUUCCUUUAUUUUGUUGGAUUUUGGUACCUCGCCAGUCAAUGGGGGAAAUCCGAACCACCUCCAAACGGUGUUGGUGUAAACAACGUUCAGGCUGCCAUAGCGUUUUCAUUUUUUUCCAUAUUUGCAUGGGCUGGUUCUGCAUAUUUCGCGUAUCAACGUUUCCGUCAGGGUGCUGGAGCAGCUUUUGCUACAAAUUACGAGAACGAAGCGGGAAUGCCCUCGUCGUAUCCCUCUUACCCUGGAGGACCCGAAACAGAUACACCCUAUCAAGAACCACCUUUCUCGGCUGGGCCUAACCAAAGAGGUCAGACAGAUUUCCAAGCUCCAACUUACUAAGAAAGAGUCGAACAUUUUAUUUUUUCAAAGAGUCGACGACAUAGAAACACCUUAGUGGAGAACCAGGUUUCGAUGAUUUUACCUAUAAACGGUUACCGUCAUUAUUGUACUUAGGAAUAUUCAAACAAACAAGUAUUAUUAAACCUCAAAUAUUAUGGUUUCUUGUACAAAAUAAUGGACGAUCGUGUAAAAUUGACUUAGGAGUUAGCGAUUGAAGGGGAUGUUGUACUAAAUUUCUGGUUCCAAAAAUAAAUGUUCUUUUUUAUCUUUUUUAUAUCUAGAUUUAGAAAUAUUGGUUUGAAGACAUUUUUAUGCAAGGUAUAAUAUGUAAAACAUUAAUGAGAUCUAGUAUUCGAUAUUCAGUAAAAUAUUUAGUUUGGUUCUCAUUCGGUAUUAAAUGAUAACAUUGUUGCCAAAAGUUGCAUUUUUUUUAUUUGAAACUAUCGUUUUCGUUAUAUUUUUGUAUUUUGUACCAGUUAUUAGGUACAUAAAAAAGAAUAUGAUAAUCAAACUUCAAUACUAAUACAAUCAAAAGUAUUAUAUUUGUUAUAAACUGAUGUAUAAGUUUAUUUGAUUGACGUAUACUCUGUCUUUGUUUAGCUUGCUUGUCAAAUCUAACCUCACUUAACCAAAAAGUCAAGUUUUACUAAAACUUUUUAUUUAUCAUAAUAGUUUAUGUUUAUUAUUUAAAAUUUGCCUGCAUAUCAAAUAGAAAUUCAUAAGUGAUACCUAAAUCUAGUGUAUAUCUAAAACACGAAUUUUUGCGUGAUGAUCUAAUAUUUCGAUAUUUUUGGAACUUGUGAAUUUUACUUCAGCCCCUUCAAAAAUUUACAGUAUCGAUUACAUUUGAUAGUUUAUAACAGGAUUAAACGAGACGUAAUAUCUUUAACAAUUAUUAAUACAUAUUGGUUUUGUAUGUAUCAGUUCUUAAGGACUCAUUGUUAUUUAUUCGUAGUCCUAUUGUUUUCUGUCUUAGUCAGGCGAUUACUAAAAUUCGUACUAUAAAAUUGUUACAGGAUAUAUUGUCGGUUCCGCCGUAAUUACAUUACUUUUGAUGUAUUGGAUACCGACAGUAAAUUUAGUGAAGUUCCAAACUGUGCUCUUUUAUCAUGAAUUAAUUCGGAUUAAGGAUUCAAAUAUUUUUUUAUUAUCGAUUUUUUCCUUUGGGUAUUUACAUUGGACCAAAGGUUUGCUAAAACUUUUUUGGGGGUUAUAUCGGAUGGAAGGAAAGAAAGGUUUUGUUUUAUGUUAAUUUUGAGACAACCUGUAGUAAGUACAAGGUACAAGUGUGGAUAUACAUCAAAUUCAUGUUGUGGUCUCAUGUUUUAUAAACAUUGUGUUUUUGAAAUGUUUCUGAUAUCUUUAAAAAUAAAGAAACUAGACGGUUUUAUUGUUUAACAUGUGUUUUAACUAUAUAUAACAAUAAACAAUAGCAACAGUUGAAGAAACUUUAAAAACAGAAACAAACAUAACACAAAUUAAUAUCGCGUGUUUCUCCCUCUUCAUACCCACGUAAAUACACCAAAUAAUCUUGCUCUCAGGGAAAUUCCACCCUAAAACAUCAUAGAGCCUCAAUUAAACAGUCUCGUCUCUCUUACAAUGAAAUGUGCAUGUCGCUCACCUGGUCGACUAAUAACUCUUAAGAUCAUAAGAUCUUAAGGUCAUCAUGAUUCUUUCUCUUUUUAAAGUUUUAUUAACUGUUGUUAUUCUUUAUUGUUAAUUUAGUAUUGUUUCAGUUAAAUAAUAUAACCAUAUAUUUUCUUUUUUUAAACAUAUCAGGGAAAUUAAAAGAAACAAAAUAUUCACAAAGCAUUAGACUGCAACAUGAUUCUGUCGUGUUUCAAACUUAUCGUAAGGUACAAGCCCAAAAGAAAAGGUUGAGUAAACCUUUGCCAAACAGUGUAAAUACCAAAGAAAAAUAUUUAUUAUUUUUUAAUAUCGCCGGUAGGACAGAAAAUAAUUGGGUUAGUGCUAAUUAUGAUAAAUAAAAAAAACUUUUUCUUUUGAGUCCUUUCAACGUGCCAUAUGAUAACUGGAAUAUUGUCUACAAACUUUUUAAUUUUUUUUUAACUUAAAAGCAGAUUAAUUAUUAAGAAUUAUUAAAAUCUUUCACAGUUAUGGGUAGUUAUUUCGGGAGUUUUUAUGUAGUGGACUAAGUCAGUUAUUCACGUUAUUCUUUCCCUGCCAUUGUGAUUUCUUAAUGAGGCUAGUUUGUUGAGCAGAGCAAAUUAUGAAGUGAAGCUUAGUAAAGAUAUUCAAUGAAAUAUAUAAAAUAACAAAAUAUUUUACUUGUGAUCUUUAGAGGAGUAACGCGUUUCUUGUAUUAAUAUAUCUAUCAAAAUGAUACAAUUAUAGAGUUAGUUUUUAUCCGGUGCACCCCUUGUUGAAAUCUACUAUAGAGUACCGGCUCGUGAUUGACAGUAAAUAGACUCAUUUACAACCAAGACAAUCAUAUAAAAUCAAAAAAGACACAGUACAGAUACAAAUAAAAUCAUUGUAGUAGUUCUCAUGUCAUGUUUGCAACAUUUUUUGGGUCUAUAUCCUACAGUUAUGAAAAAGCCACAGGGUGCUAAAUCAGGCGAGUACGGUGGGUGUUCGAGCACUGGAAUGUCUCUAGCGGCUAAAUAACGCUUCACAGACAGCGCGUCGUCCUGGUACAAGAUCCACGGCUUGUUUUUCCACAACUCCUGCCGUUUCUUACGAACUCGCUCUCGCAGCGUUGCUAAAAACUUUCAAAUAGUAAGUUUGGUUUACACUGACCCUCUGGAAACCCAUUCAGUCAUCACGGUUUUCUAGUGCAUGAAUUGUCGCUUAGUUUCAACAUCGUAUGUGAAUAUCCAGGUUUCAUCGCAAGUGAUGAUGUUUUCCAUUAAUUCAGGCUCUUCAUGUAACCUCUCAAGAAAAUCUGAACAGAUCUAUUGACAGACGAGCUUUUGGUCAGGGAUCAAAUUUUUUGGGACCAACUUCGCACAGACUUUUUUCAUGUUCAAGUCGUCAUAUAAAAUUUUUCUAACAGUUUCUUUAUCGGCGUUGACAGUCUUAGCAAUUAUCCGAAUGAUCAUACGACGAUAUCCGCGCACAAUUUCAUUUAUUUUGGUCACUGUUUGCGGAGUUGAAACAGAGACAGAUCGACUGGACGUUGGUCAUCUUCGGCGCUUUUUCGGCCUUCAGAAAACCGUUUUAUACAUUCGAAAACACGCGCACGAGGUAGAGAAUUCUCACCAUAGGCCUCUUUCAAGAAAUUUCACAUUAAUCCGUUGUUCAUGUUUUUCGUCACACAUUGUUAUCGGCACGAGAAAAAAACACGUUUUUUUCUAAUCUCUACAGAAAAAUUACUACUACAGCGACAAAAACGUGUUUUCGUACUGGAAGAGCAGACAAUUCCAGCUAUCCAAUGCUGCAUUCGUUUUCCACUCUUCCCCUCUAGGACGCGCGCACAGUCUCGUUAUUUAAUAUCCAGACCUCGUAUAACCUUUUCCCUGUCUAUAUAAAAGUAUACAUUGAAUACGUUGUACGUAAGUACUGACAUAAUUGCUCUCUUUAUUAAACGUCAACUUAAAUUCACCACUAUAAAACCGAGAAAAACAUAAGUUUAUUACAGAACGACACCAGAAUCUAAUGAAAAUAUUUCUAAUGUCGACGAACUUUACUAGAAUGCACCGGCUCUGACAGUUAAAUUCCUGAACGACGAAAACUCUUCGACGGUCACGAGCGACCUGUCAGGUUAAAAAACAAGCCUUAUCGACUUGAAGUUUACUUUACCAUUUCAUACUUUGCUUCUGCUAUAAUUUACGUUUUUAUCUUUUUGUAAAAUAAUAUACAAAGCCAUUGAAAAGUAUGUUAUAUAUGAAUAUAUAAAUAAAUGUUAAAAUACUUAUUUUAGUAAAAAGUUCAGUGUACAGUUGAUAUUAAAUGUAUAUGUGUGUCGGAAUAUAAAGCUUUUGUAGACCAUUUUUAUAAUUUAUCGUAACAAGUCCAUUGCAAUAAAAUGGAUGUACGUAGUUGCUAGACAAUGUUUGUGUUUUUGUAUUGCCAAACACCUAGCAAAAUUUUAAACGUAGCUACAAAAAUAGUCAGGUCACGUUAAUGAACUAAGGUUAUUUCACUACUGAUCCAUAUAUUUCAUUAGUUUAAUAAUGAAAGCUGAAUUAAUCAAAUAUCGGUCAAACACUUAGAUGUUUAAGAAACUCAUAAAAAGCAUAAACAUUUUUGCAACAAAAUAUACGAGAAUAAAGUUUAUGAGUGGAAUAACCUCUUUGUUUUUGUUUACGUAGCAUUACGUUUGAGGAGUGAAUAUUUGUAAAAUGCAUAGAAAUAGAGGAUAACGAAGUUUGUUGAAAGAAGGUAUUGCAAAGAAUUAACGCUAAAAAUUGUAAGUAGUAAUUAUAUUCUUUUAAACCUCUUUACACAAAUGUUAAUCAGAAAAAAUAACAAAUGUAUAUUUCUGAAAAGUUCUCGAAUAUUAUCUGGUAUCUUAUAUUGAAGAUAUGUAUUGGUAAAAGACAAAUUUUCUUCAAACUUGUAUCUAGAUAGAGCUACUCUAAUCUAUAGAAUAGACUAGAGUACUGACUUAUUUUCCUAUUUUGCAAUUAAUUUUUUUAUUACCUAAGUUAUGACAUCUGUUAAUUGUUUUUUUUUUCACAUUUUAAUUAGUAAUAAUUAAAAAUGGCGAACAUGUGCCAUGACUAGUCAAGAAACAGACAUCAAAAGAGCAAAAUCAAAUAAGCUCUCAUCUAGUUAAUGAAGAAAAAUGUGUAGCAAACCCAUCUACGAAAUAUAGCACUUUGGUUGCCAAUACUAAAAGAAGACAGCAACGAGAGGAUACCAACAUUAAUGGAUAAAUAGAAAGUCAGAGACACAUCGUCUACAGUUAUACAUAACCCAUAAACACCAAGAAUCAGAAUUUGAUAUCAACCCGAGGGUGAAAUGACCACCCCCAGAAUUCUCAACUCAAAGCAUGGCUUUUUUGCCUACAAGAUCGAGGCCAAGUAAGAUACCUGUCAAAUUGGUGUAGCAAACUGCCAUUAAUCAAAUAUCCACAUUUUAAAUAACUUUUUACUUUUACAAUAAUCUUUGUUUAGAACCUCAUUAUAAAUUAUAAGGUUUUAUUGUUCAGAAAGUGGUGAAAGAUGCUUGUAUCUAGAUAGAUAUUGAUCAGAUCUUUUGAAGUUUGUCUUUUAUCAAUCACAGAAUUAUCAUUUAUCUUCUCUAUUGGACCUGUUAAAGGAUAAAGUAGUAUAUUUUCUAUAUUCAGUAUUAAAAGUAAAAUAACCCCAAAGAAUCUCUCGAAUUAAACCCAGAUAUUUAUUUAUUAAUCCCUUUAGUAUAAAGAUGACAAUAAAAAAUACAUCAAG